AUGCGGCUCGCGCUCGCCGCGCUCGCGGCCUGCUGCGUGGUGGCGCGCGCCGAGCUGCCCUCCGCGCGACUUGCUCCGCGCAACACCACCACCCACCACGUGCUCCAGUGCAGUGAUGGGGUCGUUCUCCCAGUUUGGUUGCCCCUCGAAGAUGUUCCGACACUUCACAUCGCCUUCCGAGGUUUCGUUUAUUUCUUUACACUUAUGUACCUCUUCAUCGGAGUGUCCAUCGUUUCCGACAGAUUUAUGGCGGCUAUUGAAGUCAUAACGUCGAGAGAAAAAGAGGUGCGCGUGCGACGUAAUGGGAGCGAACAAAUCAUCGUAGUACGAGUAUGGAACGAAACCGUCGCAAACUUGACAUUGAUGGCUUUAGGAUCGAGUGCACCUGAAAUUUUGCUAUCCGUUAUAGAAAUUGCCGGGAAAAAUUUUGAAGCUGGAGAUUUAGGACCAGGUACGAUUGUUGGGUCAGCGGCUUACAACCUAUUCGUUAUAAUCGCAAUAUGCGUUUUAGUGAUACCAGAUGGAGAAGUGCGAAAAAUAAAGCAUUUAAGAGUGUUCCUAGUUACCGCAACCUGGUCAGUAUUCGCAUAUGUUUGGUUAUAUCUUAUUCUAGCAGUAAUAUCACCGAGUGAAGUUGAAGUAUGGGAGGGUGCGGUUACGUUUUUGUUUUUCCCUGCAACAGUCUUGACAGCGUACAUUGCAGACAGAAGGCUUUUAGUCUACAAAUAUCUAAAGAAAGGAUACAGAGUAAAUGAAAGAGGUGUUAUCGUUGAAGCUGAAGGCGAUGGUUCAGUUGAGAUGGCGUUAAAACCAAAUUCUGAUGAAUUUGCAUCGGAUGAUGAGGAAGGUCGCGAGUUAGAGAAAUCACGCAAAGAAUAUAUUAAAGUAUUACGCGAGUUGAGAAGACAACACCCCGAAGAAGAAUUGGAAACAGUUGAACGGAUGGCAUUGGAGACUUUGAUGGCUCGUGGGCCGAAAUCCCGUGCUUUUUACAGAGUUGCUGCAACAAGAAAAAUGACAGGUGGAGGUGAUUUCUCUCGUAAAAUAUCAGAGCGUGCACAGAGUGAUUUAAGUGAAGUUAAAGCAGAAAUACAACGUCGAGAGUCUAGCUCUGUGUCAGUGGAGCCCAAAGGGCCAAAUGUGCGAUUCGACCCUGACCAUUACACUGUGAUGGAAAAUUGCGGCUCCUUCGAAGUAAGAGUAAUCCGCAAAGGAGAUUUGAGCGGAGAGGUGACCGUACAGUAUACUACUGAGGAUGGAACUGCAGAAGCAGGUUCAGAUUAUGUAGCAGCUCAAGGAUCGCUUGUAUUUGGUCGCGGGGAAGCUGAAAAGAAAUUUACCCUCCAAGUUAUAGAUGAUGAUGUAUUCGAAGAGGAUGAGCAUUUUUUCGUUCGUUUAAGCGCACCGAAGGGCGCCUGCUUGGCUUCACCGUCUACUGCCACUGUAGUGAUAUUGGAUGAUGAUCAUUCUGGAGUGUUUUCGUUCCCACAGAGGGAUUUCGAGUUAACUGAGUCGGUCGGGACUUACGAGCUUCGUGUGGUGAGGACGGCUGGUGCGCGUGGGAAGGUGCGGAUACCGUAUUGGACGGAAGAUGGCACGGCGAAGAGCGGUGCACAGUUCGAGGCUGUGCAAGAUACCAUCGUUUUCGAGAACAACGAAACUGAAAAAUUUAUUUCUCUCCACAUAAUUGAAGAGGAUAGCUACGAAAAAGAUGUUCUGUUCUACGUGAACCUCGGAAACCCGGUUUUACUUGGGGAUGAUAAUCAACCUGUCCUGACUGAAAAUGAAGUUGAACAUCUGACGACGCUACCAGAGGAAGAAGCCGUGGUCGCUCUAAUGGGGUAUCCACGAUCUGGAGAAAUAACUCGUGCUCAGCUUAGGAUAAAAGAAAGCAAGGAAUUUAAGAAUACUGUAGACAAAUUGGUGCAAAGAGCGAAUGCCUCGAUUAUAAUUGGGACGUCGUCGUGGAAAGAACAAUUUUCAGAAGCUUUGACGGCGAGUUCAGACAAUCCUGAUGAGCCACCGUCGUGUGGAGACUACGCUCUGCAUAUCUUCACCGUUUUCUGGAAGAUUAUUUUCGCGUUCGUUCCUCCUACAGACAUCGGAGGUGGAUACGUGUGUUUCGUGGUGUCAAUUAUCUGCAUCGGUCUCGUGACGGCCGUCAUUGGGGACGUGGCAUCCCAUUUCGGCUGUACCCUAGGGAUAAAGGACUCGGUCACUGCCAUCAUAUUCGUCGCUUUGGGGACAAGUAUACCUGAUACAUUUGCUAGUAAGGUAGCGGCCAUACAAGACAAACACGCGGAUGCUUCAGUGGGUAAUGUGACAGGGUCGAACGCCGUUAAUGUCUUCUUGGGUAUUGGAGUGGCGUGGACCGUGGCCGCGGUGGUCCAUUGGAGUAAGAAUGAAAAGUUUCUCGUGGAUCCGGGAAACCUAGCGUUCAGCGUUACCAUGUUCUGUUCAGAAGCAGCACUGGCUGUUUUAGUGUUAGUUUUGAGACGAAGAAAAUCCGUGGGGGGAGAACUUGGCGGGCCGAAAGGUAUCAAGAUCGUUACCUCCAUGUUCUUCUUCUCGCUGUGGCUGACAUAUCUCACGAUGUCCACUUUAGAGGCUUAUGGUUACAUUAAAGGAUUUUAAACAUAUAUACACAUAAAUAUUCGCUUGCUGGCUUAUCGUAAACGUAGCCGCUCUGUGUUGGCUAUUAAGUAUAGCAGAUUCUAUGAUGGUACUGUAUUAGUUUUCUAUCAAAUCAAACUUUUUUGUAGCUCUCUUUGAAACACUUUCUGGAAUUUUCCAAAGAAUGAGCACCUAAUUUGGCUCUAAUCUGUUACAUAUAAGAAAAAAAAAUAAAGUCUAUAAUCUAUUCUAAAUCUAUUCUUGAAAGUUCUAAAAUAAAAAUAAAAAAAAAACUUUUCAAAUAUAGAACGUUGAAAGGAUUCGAUCAAGUGAAACGGUUAGAGAAAUAAAGCGAUAGUGUUCCUUUAACUAUAUAUUAGUAUAGAUAAUUGUUCUAGAUUUUUCCAGUAAUUGAAGCGAUGUGCUCAAAUGUACAGGCUUAGAAUUCGAAGUGUUUUCUCCUCUUGACGUUUUCUCAUCCAGAUUUCUAAUAUCAUAUGUAGCCUUGUGGGCUGUGGUUUAAUGGUCUAAGUAGAUUUAAUGUGGAGUUUAUUAUAUAUGUAAUAAAAUUGUGUCGACAAAUGUAUUUAUGUAGUCCAUUAUAGAAUAGUAUUUGAUAUAUACAGUGUGGUCUGAAGAUUCAACAUUUUGUCUAGUGUAUGAUAUGAAAUUGACACCUAAAAUCCUUGAACAAUGUAACACCACAUCGGAUGUCGAUUUCAGUUGUCAUCAAAACUUGUCAUAAUGCUGAAAUAAGUAUUGUAUCACACUUAAGAUUGUGGUAUUUUGCAAGUAUUUUUGUCUAGUGAUGUACUUAUUUUUACAUUAUUAUUUUUACUUUAAUAUAAUUUUUAAAUAGUUUGUGUUUUUAUCGAUUUUUAAUUGAAAAAAAAUAUGAAAUAACUAAUAUCGACCGAUACAUAGAUACCAUUACAUCUAUCACUAGACUAAAAUACUUACAGAAAGCCAUUUGAACAUAUAUUUAUUGCUGUUAAGGUAAAAUUAGAUGCUCUAAUGGUUCAUUAUUUAUUAAAUAAUGUAAUUAUAGCUUCAAGUACACAUUUUAAAAACUAAAAUGAAUACGUAUGACUUAAACCACAAGAGAAAUAACAUUAUAAUGAAGUUUUAGCGUGUUCUUAUGAAAUUUCUAACUUUUUUUGCUUCUUUUAAAAUUGUUUAUAACAAAGUGAAGUAUAAGAAAGUUAACUUAAGUUACUUAAAUCUAUUUCCCCUAUGAGAAAACUAAAAAUUAAAUAAUUCGGUUUUAUAAAUGAUUUAAUGAUAGGGAUUCACUACAAGCUUAAAAAAUAUUAGAAUUUGAUAAAUAAAAAGUUAUUAGUAACGAUUGAAAACUAUAACACGAUAUAUAAAUAAAUAGGGAUAGUGUGACCCAAUAGUAGGAAUUGAAAAAUAUAUUUAAAAAAUAUGAACUAUUUUUAAAAUCGUGUACUCGAAGUAUAUUACGUAAGUCGUGUUUAUUAUAGCGGAGCCAUUAUAGGUGAUAACGACAGCGCUGUCGAUAGAUUUAAUAAUUAUAAGUUUUAUUUUUAUCGAUAAUGAGAUGUGACGUCAUUAUGUGUUUUAAAUAUGUCAGAGUUCUGUAUAUAAGCGAAAUGGAAUAAACUAUUUAGUAUUAUAUGUAAUGGAUUUUUUAUAUAAGUAAUAAUGUAUGUUAGUUUAUGCGUGUGUUCGUAGUUUUAUUAAUUUUAUGCCCGUAUAUUUUAGAUGUUUUCUUUUGUUGCUUUGAGUAAAUGUUUUAUAGGAAUUUUUCUGGUUUAGAAAUUAUAAAAGUUAAUAUCUGUGAAGGAUAGAGGUUGGCUACGUGAUUGGGUAUUUGAAAGUUAUUCAACAAAUUUUUAUUAUUAAACCUGGUUGUAAGAGAA